AUGGCAACCCAACUGAAAAACAAUAGAACUCAGGCUAUUCCAAAGGAUGAGGAUUUCAUUUGUCAGCGUCGCUACAACGCAUGUGGUUUCGUUUUAAAUAUCAGCAUGUACUCGUUUACUAAGUUAGGCUUUGGUUCGAAAGUCUGGGAUGCACAGGAUCUGGAUAAUGUCCAGGCAUUCGGCUUAACCCACAAACACAGUGGCUACAAGAGCAGGCCAGAAGCUAGGAAUGUUGCAGCGACUCUUACUUUGCUUCAGUACUUUGAGGAACAGAAGAUGAGUUUCUCAGAGAAGAAUGUGAUUGAACUUGGUUCAGGCACUGGGAUUUUGGGCAUUGUGACAGCUCUUCUGGGCGGAAAUGUCACUAUUACAGACAAACCAGAGCUUCUGAAGCAAAUGGAAUGGAAUGUUUUGGUUAAUAUACCUUCUACCUGCCAAUCUCGUAUCAAAGUGCGCGCUCUCUCCUGGGGAUACGACCAUAUGUUGUUUCCUUCAGACUAUGAUUACAUCCUUUGUGCAGAUAUAAUGUAUGCCUACGACAGUGUUCCUUUAAUCCUAAGGACACUUCUACACCUCAGCAAUGAAAAGACGAUUAUUUAUUUCGCCUCAACCAUGUCUUUUGGUCAUAGUGUGAUAAACUCUGGUUACCAAAUUCUAUUCAAGCAUUUUUACUCUCAGCUUGUUUACAGAAAUAAAAUCAACGAUGUUCGCGUGUAUAUGAUGACUAAAAUUAUUUAA